AUGUCUCUCAAAGCUUUAACUCUGCCAAAGUCUUUGCCCGACCCAAAUCAAUGGGACAAACUCGUCAGCCAGUACAAAGAAUUCCGCUUACUUUCUCUGCAACUAUCGCCCGAGUCAUUCAGCUCAAACUACGCUCGUGAGGCGGCUUUCACCAAGGAUAUAUGGGAAGCACGCCUAAGCAACCCAGCAGCAUCCAGUAUCAUCAUCGUGUCCAACCCAAACCCCGGUACAACCGACGCCAUCUCGCUGAUUCCGAACCAACCAUGGCUCGCGUCGCUUGUUCUGUACGGCCCAUUCGAAGCCAAGACCGCGGCCAAAACAUGGGAAGAUCUACAGGAAUUCGAACCCGGAAGCACUUAUUUUGGUCCCAUUGCGGAUGAAAUUGAGUCUGCUUACGUGCUCAACGCGAUUUACGUCCAUCCAUCGCAGAGGCGCAAGGGCUUGGCGAAUAAGCUGAUCGAGUACGCCAAGGACUUUGUUGUCAGACAUAAUGAGGGCAAGAAGGUGAUGCUAGUUCUUCUUGUCAACUUUAAUUCUGUCGCGGCCAUGAAAUGCUACGAGAAGUCGGGAUUUGAAGUUGUGCAUGAUUACUGGUUUCAUGAUCCGAAUGCUUCUGGAACAACUCGAGGUCAUGCGGCUGUAAUGAGAUUGGACGUCGGGAGGAAUGAUUCUCGAAGCUAG